AUGGUCAGAGCAGUCUUCAAGAACAUGAUCAUCGCCGCCGCUGGAGCUUUCCCUAGUGAUUGUCCUAGUGAGCACGCGGCCAAGGAGUGGACUGAGCAACGCGGUGGCCGAUUCUCGUCUGAUUUGGAUGAUUCUGUGACCCAUCUCAUCUGCACAGACGAAGACUUCAAGAUCAAGUACAAGCAGAUCAGAAUCAAAGAAGCAGAGCGAAGAAACAGAAGGAAGGGCUCGAAAAAGAUUCGUAUUUUGAGCUGGGAUUGGUUCAGAUUCUCUUGCACUCGCAACAGGAGACUCCGAAUCAGGGACUAUGACUUCUCUGCCAUGAGAACCAAAGAGAAUGAGAGGAUGAGAAAGUUCCGAGCUGCCGCACUUGCUUACAAGUGGAUUCAUCCUGAUCUGUUCCGCAUUUGGAAGGACAAGAGCUCCUUUGAGUACAAGGUCGAUCUCUUCAGAACGUCAGAGGAUGAGGACGGAGCUCUGCACGAGAAAUACGAACUUUACCUGUUCGAGUCUCAUGCCUCCAAGCCGCACAUGUACUGGUUCGGAGCCAAGCUUUUCCACAAGAAGGACGACGGCAAAUGGCAUGAGCGCGGCAUCGAGCGCCCCAAUAUCAGUUCCUCACUCUUCAAGACUGAGUACGCCAGGUUCAGGAAGUUCUUCGAACUCAAGACCGGUAUCCGCUGGGAAGACAGGGUCAUCAAAGCUGGGACGAGAGAGAAGAUCCUCUUUAGUUACUCCCCUCCAACUGACGGAAAGCCCGUGGGAGGCAAAAUGACCGGCGCACUUUAUGACAAGUGUGUCUCAAGCAACAGGGCCUGGCUCCGGCGCUGGACAGACCUGUUUGGGGACGAAUUGCCGCUUGACAUCCAGAUUGGAGACGAGUGCAAGAACAUCUUGAACGGAAUCAUCGAUAGAGUCUGCGCAUCUCUCGAGAUGGAUACCAAGGUUGAAGAUGAGUGCAAGGACAUCUUGAACAGCAUCACCGAUGAAGUCUGUGCAUCCCUUGAGAUGGAGGCCAAAGAGGAGGAGAGCCUCUAUGAGAACGACACCUACAACUCUGAGAUUGAUAAACAUGGCACGGCUGAUGCUCUGCUUGAUCUUGUCGGCAUGGGUCGAUCUGCUCCCGAUUUCAAAGACAACGACAUGGAGAGCUACGUUGAGAACCUAUAA